GGGAGGGCCGAGGAGGUGGAGCCGGCGGGACACCCAAGCACGCAUGCGCAGACUCGGCGAGGUCGAGCCCAAGGUGUCCGCCGGCAGGAGAACCCGGAAGUAAGGAGGAAGCACGUGGCUGGAGGGAGCAGAUGCGGGGGAGGGGGUGCAUUUGGGGAGGGCUGCAUUGGGAGAGGGGAGGGGGUGCAUUGGGGGAGGGCUGUAUUGGGAGAGGGGAGGGGGUGCAUUGGGGGAGGGCUGUAUUGGGAGAGGGGAGGGGGUGCAUUGGGGGAGGGCUGUAUUGGGAGAGGGGAGGGGGUGCAUGGGGGAGCGGGAUGCAUUGCAUGGGGGGGGAAUUGGGAGCCUGCAGGGGGUAAGAGCCCUGCUUGGUUCACGGGGGGGGGGGGGAGGAGAUCAGAGGGGAAACCCCCCCCAGGUUUGAGUUGGGAAAAGGAGGGAGUGGAUCAGAGGAAAAGGAGAGCAGGGUUCUGGUUACAGGUAGGUAGCCUGUUGGUCUGCCGUAAUCAAAACAAAAUAAAAUAAAUUAAGAAAUAAAAUAAAUUCCUUCCAGUCGUACCCAUCUGCAUGCACACAGAAGCUCAUACCAGUAUCUAACUUAGUUGGUCUCUAAGUUGCUGCUGGACAGGUGUGGGGGGGGUGGAACUGGGCUAAAUUUUACUUUCCCUGGUGCAGAAAUGACUUCGAAGCAAUCCAUGGCGAGGGUCAAAUGGAAGCAAACUUUCCAACACCAGCAAUGGAGGCAGAUCCUCCCCACCUGCUGAAUUUCUGCCUGCCAGAAGGUUGACAGGUGGAGAAACCCAGCCGAAAAGAGAAAAGUGGUGAAAGAGAGCGACAAGUUCCGCUUCUCUUCCUCGCAGACCUUUGCCUGCCAACAUCCUCAAAGGGUUCGCAUGAGCUUUGCCUCUUUCUCCUCAAAGCGUCCCAGGGAAGGGGUUAAAUUGGGGGGGGCAUUUUCACAUUGCACCCCGUUCCUUCCUCCAGCAGGAUCUGCUCCCCCUCCCAGUUCCCGAAAGACCUUUGAGGCUUCCCAGGGUUUUUUGAGUUAGGACCCUGUUUGAAGAGGGGGAGGGUUGCCCCAGAAGGAAGCGAGGAGGGAGCCUUAGGAAAGAACAAUUAUACAAAUUUAAAUCCUCCUCGCUGGAUCAGGCUAAUGGCCCACCUGGUCCAGCAGGAUCUGAACCCGAGCGAUUCUCUCCUCCUGCAGUUUCCAGCAACGGGGAUCCAGCAGCCCUGCUGCCUCCAACUGCAGUGGGGAGAGAAUGGCCUCUGUGGAAAGGAAAGGGUGGGUUUGGGGGCUGUGCCUUGGUGGCUCUUGAAGCCGCCCAGAGUGACUGCCCUGAGCUGCAAAAGUGGAGAUAUGAGGCCAAGAAAUUGGGCUUUCUGAAUCCACAGCAGGGGAUGGACUUGAACUCGCCACCCCCGGGCCGGCUUCAACUGCUGUGCUAUCUUUGAGCUAUUUAACAAUCUUUCUCUCCUGCCCCCUUCCCCACCCAUAGUCCUUUGGGAAAAGAGCGCUAGAGUGCUCCUUCUCAGUGGUUUCACAUUCCAUAUUCCCAGAUGAAUGGUAAUAUAAUAUAAUAAUAAUAUAAAUAAUUUAUUAUUUAUACCACAGCCACUCUGGCCAGCUUUCAACAAAAUAUUAAAAUACAGUAAUGCAUCAAACAUUAAAAGCUUCCCUAAGCAGGGCUGCCUUCAGAUGUCUUCUAAAUGUCAUAUAGUUGUUUAUUUCCUUGACACCUGGUGGGAGGGCAUUCCACAGGGCAGGUGCCACCACCAAGAAGGCCCUCUGCCUGGUUCCCGGUAGCUUUGCUUCUCGCAGGGAGGGAACCGCCAGAAGGCCCUCGGCGCUGGACCUCAGUGUCCGGGCAGAAUGAUGGAGGUGGAGAUGCUCCUUCAGGUAUACUGGGCUGAGGCCGUUUAGGGCUUUCAAGGUCAGCACCAACACUUUGAAUUGUGCUUGGAAACGUACUGGGAGCCAAUGGUAGGAUCCUUGUACCCCUAUUUCCCUUAACAGAAGGCUUCUUGUUAAUUAUUGCUAUUAAUUGUAUUUAUGGCCCACCUUUUUCCUCCAGGGAGCUCAACCUGGCAUGCAAUUGUUUCCCCCAUUUUUAUCUUCACAACAAUCUUGGGAGGAAGUAGGUUGGCUGAGAGGCAGCGGCUCCCCCAGGGAGCUUCCCGGCUAAGGGGGGGAUUCCAUAAAAGCUCCUGUUAGCAUUUCCAGUCUAACAUCGCUCCACUGCUCAGACGCUCUCCAAUUCUUCCUUGCCUUUUUUGGAACUACCUAGCUUGAAGAAGAACCUGGUGUUUCACGAAAGCUUGCACACUGCGCCGGUGUGAGCUCCUGGGGGUUUGCUGGGGGACCGGGGACCAGUUGCUGUGGCUCUGUCCAACCUGAAACAUAGGCUGGUUGAGGAGAAAACGUGGGCAGGGGGAAACCUCUGUGUGCCACACAGGUAAAGGUAAAGGUACCCCUGCCCGCACGGGCCAGUCGUGUCCGACACUAGGGUUGCACGCCCAUCUCACUUAAGAGGCCGGGGGCCAGCGCUGUACGCAGACACUUCCGGGUCACGUGGCCAGCGUGACAAAGCCGCAUCUGGCGAGCCAGCGCAGCACACGGAAACGCCGUUUACCUUUCCGCUAGUAAGCGGUCCCUAUUCAUCUACUUGCACCCAGGGGUGCUUUCGAACUGCUAGAUUAGCAGGCGCUGGGACCGAGCAACGGGAGCGCACCCCGCCGCGGGGAUUCAAACCGCCGACCUGACGAUCGGCAAGUCCUAGGCGCUGAGGUUUUACCCACAGCGCCACCCGCGUCCCUGUGUGCCACACAGAUGCAAGGGCAUAAAUUGAAGUGGAUCAAGGCGGGUUGGGACUGCUGAUUCUCUUAGAUUUGUCAGCAGCCUUUGACACGCUCGAUCAUGAUCUUUUGGACCACCGCCUCGCCAACGUUGGGAUACAGGGCAUAGCCCCUAAAUGGCUGUGCUCUUUUAUCUCUGGUCGGGGACAGAGGGUGGCCCUAGGGAGGGAGAUAUCGUCGCACCACUCCUUGGUGUGUGGAGUGCCGCAGGGCGCAAUCUUCUCCCCGAUGCUUUUUAAUAUCUUUGUGUGCCCCCUUGCCCAGAUUACCCGGAGCUUUGGGCUGGCAUCACCAAUAUGCUGAUGACACUCAGCUCUAUCUGCUAAUGGAUGGCCAUCCCGCCCUGAUCUGGCCACAGUGAUCCAUGCGAUGGCCACCUCCAGGCUUGACUACUGCAAUUCGCUCUACGCGGGGCUGCCCUUGAAGCUGUCCCAGAAACUCCAGCGGGUGCAGAAUGCUGCAGCGAGGUGCCUCACAGGAUCUCUGCCAUGGGAGCAUAUUCACCCAGUGCUUUUCCAGUUGCACUGGCUCCCGGUGGAGUACAGGGUCAGAUUUAAGGUGCUGCUUUUGACCUUUAAAAUCCUUCAUGGCCUAGGACCCUCGUACCUACGGGACCGCCUCUCCCGGUAUGACCCACAGAGAGCCUCAAGGUCCAUAAAUAGCAACACCCUAGAGGUCCCGGGCCCUAAGGAAGUUAGAUUAGCCUCAACCAGAGCCAGGGCCUUCUCAGCACUGGCUCCGGCCUGGUGGAACACUCUGUCUCUUGAGACCAGGGCCCUGCAGGAUCUGAUUUCUUUCCGCAGGGCCUGUAAGACAGAGUUGUUCCACCUGGCCUUUGGCUUAGAAUUAGUUUGAUUCCCUCCCCCUCUUUCUUUUUCCUUUCUCCUCCUAUGAAGAGAUUGCACCCUAAUGUUUUAAUGUUGUAUCUUAAUCUUUUAAAUUGUAUUUUAAUCAACUUUUUUUUAUUAUUAGUUGUUAGCCGCCCUGAGCCUGGUCUUGGCUGGGGAGGGCAGGGUAUAAAUAAAAAAUUAUUAUUAUUAUUAAUAAUAAGGUUUUCUCCUUCUAGAUUUGCCAGGAUGCUUCGGUCCUUUGUCAGCCCGAGCCUCUGGCAUGUGGUGCCAGGCCAGACCUCCCAUCUUUGGGGGAGAAGAAGAUGCCCGUUUCUCUGCAAACAAGCCAGGUGCCGCUUCCAGGCAGCCUGGCACAGCCGGCUUGCAUCUUUGGUUGGUGGCACAGGUUGGCAGGCAUCUCUGCUGAAUCCCUUGGGAAAGGGCGCUUCCGGCUCCGCAGCCCAGGGCACCUGUCUGGGAGCGAGAGGGGCUUCGCACCCCAGCAGGACACAGCGGCACGCGGCCGGCUGGAGGUCUUUCUCCCAGGGGACCCCGCAGAGCCCCUCGCCCGGCCCCCGCCUCCCGUUCAAGACUCGACUGCUCAUCACGGCCCUCUUUGGCGGCGGCAUCUUGGCCGGCUGGCUGUACCUGCGGAAAGAGAAGCUCCGGCAGGAGAAACUGAGGCGCGUUGAGGAGUUGCGGAAGCUGGCCCUCGGGCAGGGGGAUUUCCGGCUGCUGGACCACACGGGGCGGCCCCGCUCCAAGGCCGACCUGCGGGGCAGCUGGGUCCUGCUCUACUUUGGCUUCACCCACUGCCCGGACAUCUGCCCCGAGGAGCUGGAGAAGAUGAGCCGCGUGGUGGAACUGCUGGACGGCAAAUCUCACCUGCCGAGAGUCCAGCCCGUCUUCAUCACGGUCGACCCCGAGAGGGACGACGUGCCGGCGAUGGCCAAGUACGUCCGGGAUUUCCACCCGCGCCUCCUGGGGUUGACGGGCACCCCAGAGCAGGUGCGGGAAGUGGGCCGGGCCUUCCGGGUCUACGCCAGCGCCGGCCCCAGAGACGAGGACGGCGACUACAUUGUGGACCACACUGUGAUCAUCUACCUGCUCAGCCCAGACGGGCUCUUCCUGGACUAUUACAACCGGAACAAAACGGAGGCGCAGAUCGCCAAGAGUGUGCAGGGACACAUAGACACCUACCAGAGCCUCUUUGGCUGAGAGGGAGGCCUGGCAGGCGGCUCUCUCAACGCUGCUCUUUUGGGGGGGGGUGCUGUUUCAACUUACAAGCUUCUGUCUUGGCACCUUGUGGUGGUGAGUUCCGGAGGCUAUGUCAAGGGAGAAAUUACAUUGCUACUCAC